AUGGCGUCGUACUUUAUGCCAUCGUUCUUCCAGAAGCGGCUCCUCAAAUAUGCCCUCUCUCGCCUGGGCCUGGUCGACACAGAGGCCUUGGAUCCAGAUAACUUAGGUAUCCGCUGGGGACAACGGUCUACCAUCGAGUUGAGGGAUAUCGGUCUAAAACUAGAGAAACUAUCGACGAUACUCAAUCUUCCUCCGUCGUGUGAGCUGCUCAGCGCCCGUGUUCAGCUUCUUCGAAUCACCCUGCCCGCCGAUUUCCACAACAGCGGGAUCCUGUGCGAGGCAAACGGCAUCGACGUACAUAUUCGGUUAUUGUCAGAGGAGCCGAAAAAGGAACAAAACACAAAAAAUAAAGGCGGAAAAGAUGACUAUUCGGCGGUGCCCACACCGUCUGGUCUUGCGGAGUCAUUCCUUGAGUCCGAGCCAAAGGAGGAGAGGGAAGAGCUGCAAGCCGCAAUAGCGUCACAGUCACAGGUCCUGCCCCAUGACCCACUAGCCUGGUCUGUCGAUGACGAUGACGAGCUCGGCCUCGGGAGUGAUACUCUAUCACUGCCGAGCUUUGUGGCCGGGUUCUUGAAAGGCGUUGUGGAUCGACUCCAACUCAAGAUAAAGGAUGCAGUUGUGCGAGUAGAUAUGGAGUUGAAGCAAGAUGGAACGUCAAAACGGCAGCCUGAACACAAGCCGGACCUUGUCGCGGGUCUGCUGAGCGUCGGGGAAAUCGAUGUCCACGGAGUAUCUGAGAAAACUGUUGGUCCGGAGGAGGCUCUUCCAUUCCGACAAGGAAAGCGGUUAAUAUCAAUCGCCGAUAUCAACGUUGGUUUAAUUUCCGACCCAUCGGUGUUCUCAAACUACUCUAGGUUUGCUGCCCCCGCAUCCCCAUCGACAACUAUGCGAUCAAAAGGGAGCGAGCCGUCAAGCAGAGCGUCAUCACCCUCUCCGUUGUAUCGCUCUGUCGAAGAACCCCUUGCUAUGACCCAAUCAACUAUUUUCGAGCCGCCGCAAGCUUUUGGUCAUUCAAGUACUACCUCAGACGAUUUGGAGGCAUCUGCAUUUUCGCACGGUCGAUUCUCAGACGCCGACUCCGAGUCAGGUAGUCACCAUGGUGGAUACCUGGAGGAUUCUCAUGUAUUUGGAGAUGACCCCUUCCAAGACAAUCCUGGGUACCUAGACUCGGUUAUAGACACUCAAUUCGAUGAUUUCGAUGAUGAGCAGUCACCGGUAAUACAUCCUCAAGAAGACCGACGGUUCGGGAAUCAAUGGGGAAGCCACUUGUCUCAUGGCCCACAAAGCUUGCAUCAGAGCCAACGGGUGGAAUACUCUGAUGAGCCCUUGAUUCCGUCUGACAGCUAUCAUAUGUCCCGGACUUACGACACACAUAACGGCCAAAUUGGCUCUGAAAUUGACGAACCCACGCCGCCCACGCAGCAUUACAACGAUUACAACGAAAAUGAACAUAAUGAAAGAUCACAAUUGAGCGUAUCAUCCCAUUCUUCUAGUACAUCUCCACGCCCAGAGCCCGAGAGCACGGGCCCACGGGAAGAAACCCCAAAUGUCGAUCUCAACGAGUCCAGGCUUUUCUCUCACGAUGAAGCGCAAAGCCUUUACAUGAGUGCUAUUAGCCAGGAUGCGGGUGACAGCUUCAUGCCUCACAUACCAGGUGGAUGGGGCUCGUUUAACCGUGGAUCAAAAUCCCGGAGUGCUUUCGAUGACCGAUCUAAAAGAAUCGCGCCCAUUGACCCGGCACAGUCCACCCAAGUUCAAGAUGAAGCAAAUUCAAGGUGCGCAUCUCCAUCAGGAGACAAUGUCACUGAGGGGCAUGAUCUGGACGACCAAGGCCAAUCUCAGACAUUGCACAAGGACAGACCCUCAACUUCAUCGUCUCCUGGGUUGCACAGAACCAAUGAAAUGAGGAAGUCGGUAUUGACUGUGGAUAAGAUCUUGAUGUGGUUUUCGCCUCCUGCUUCCGAAGAAGAGGCGUCAGCCCUGUCCUCGCCUGUGCCGCAGAAAGAGAACGCAGAGAGUGACCUAACUGAAUCCACAGUUAGCUUUGGUGACUCUGCACCAGAGGAAAGUCUACUUGCCUCUAGACUUUACAAAUCUACGAGAUUCGGAAGAGACUUUGUUGAGGCACGGGCCCAGUCAAGUGCUGGACCUGAACUGCCUGAAAUUGCAGUGGAAGUGUUCUCUAUCUCCGUACAUUUUGAUAUUGCAACUGGUUGGCUCCUAACCAAGAUAGGACAAAAACUGUCUCACGCUGUUGAUACGGCUGAAAAAGAUCCGUCUGCGAAGCAGUCACGAAAGGACCAGCCGGCGCGCACACCACCUGUUCAUCUUGCCGUCCAUGCAUUUUCAAUAAAAUUCAUUGAACAUGUUCCAGGGCAUGUGUAUUCGUCCGACGAUAAUGGCUCGUCUUCGUCUCCUCCCUACAACAUGGACGAUGUGAUCCUUCGUCUUUCCCUAUCUGGUCUAGAUGCUCGUCUUUCAGCUCAAAGUGUAACUACCAAGCUGAAGCUUCACGUGUCCAAGUUUGCAUUCGGGUUCGCCUCCGAGGAUAUCAUAUUCUUUGAUGAAAGAUUGAAGAUGCGUGAAUCUACGCGUGAUGUUUUAUCACCUUCGCAGGGAGAUAUUUCUAUCUCUUUGGUCAAGUCGUCAGAUCUGACCAAGGUUGACAUCUCCACGCUACCUCUCCACAUCAAUCUCAAUGUACAGCGGCUGGAAGAGGUCCUAGGCUGGAUGGGUGGGCUGAGUACCAUUCUUGAACUUGGAAGUUCUAUGUCGUCCGUGUCAACGGUUAAAGGCUGCCCGCCACCUACCAAGGCGCGCCCACGUGGUGUGCAUUUUGAGACAUCUGUUCCAGCUAUUGACACCACCAAGGGCAAGUCAGCCCCAUUGAAAAUCAAUGCCCGAGUUGGUGCCAUCCUGUUGGAUGUUACUGGUGAAACCCAUUGUCUUCAACUUACCACGACCGCCGUCAAAAUCGUCAGCAGAUUUGAAGGGAUUGGUAUUCAAAUAGACAAGGCCAAGGUGAUUGGUCCACUUUCAAUUGAUGAUGCUUCAUCUGAUACUCCCGCCAAAAUCACUCUGAAUAACAUCCGCCUUGAAUUCCUUUUUGCCCCGAAGGAGGUCGAUCUCGAUCGUCUUUUGACAUUGAUCACUCCGUCCCAGGACAAAUUUGAGGUGGAAGAUGAUAUCAUGCUAGACACGCUGUUGCGCCAGCGACGACAAGGAUCAGUUCUUCGUGUGACAGUCGGACGCUUAGAAACGUUCAUUUCAGAUACCAGCGGGUUAGAGCCUCUCUCGUCUCUUGCUGUCGAGCUGAGUCGGCUUUCCAAUGUCACCAAGUAUUUGCCGGAAGAUGAUCGCCCCGGCAUUCUUACUUUGAUGCUAGUGCGUGACUUCCAAGGACAUGUGCACGUUGGCGGAGAAGUCGGAGACCUCAAGAGUCAACUCACCGAUGUUGAAGUCGCACACAUCACCAUGCCUUCGCUCACUGCGGUCCAAAUUGGAACCAUGACCGUCAGUCGGAAUAACGAUGAAGAGCUGGUGGGACAAGCCCUGUGGCCGCCGAACAGGUGUGAGGACCCAGACCAGUCCUAUCCGCCGGUCCUCAUGGCUCGUUUCAUACCCGAUGAAAUGGAUCCUACCUACAAGAUCAAACUGCACAACCUCCUUGUCGAGUACACGGUUCCAUCAGUGACGGCCUUCCUUGGAUUGGGUGGCAACAAGAUGGGCGGGGAUCUCGCUAGUAGUAUGGUCAACUCUAUCGCCAACCUUGCAGAGCACUCGAUACCGUCAUCUUCGAUGACAGGGCGACCUAUGUCGACUGAAUCCAGCUCCUCGACAAAACCUGUCAAAUUGGCAGUCGUAUUCAGAGAUUGUGUUAUUGGCCUCAACCCCCGCAAUUCCCAUGCAAAAGGCCUCGCAGUCCUCACCAAUGCCAAGUUCGGAGGAAGCCUUCAUGGAGACGAAUCAGCAGAAGCAUCGUUGGAUAUUAGAAAAGCCUCGCUCAUGAUCAUCGACAACGUGUACCAUGAGGAGGCUUAUAACCUGCACCAACGAGGAUCGGUCGUUUCCCAAGACACCCAGGCUCAAGCGUAUAUCGAUAAAGGUUAUGUUCCUGUUUCUUCCAUCUCAUCGGCAACUGCUAGUGUCAAGCUUACCAGCGCGGAGGAUGGGACAAAGUCUUUGGACGUAGAGCUGAGAGAUGAUCUGUUGAUUCUCGAGACCUGCGCGGAUUCCACACAGACGCUCAUCAGCAUCAUGAAUGGGCUACAGCCUCCAACUCCACCGAACGUCAAUAUGAAAUAUCGAACAGAGGUUAUGCCCAUCCAAGAUAUGUUUGCUUCGUUCACCGGGGACGCAUUUGCUGCUAAUCCCCCCAUUUCCAACGAUAAUGAUCUGGCAACUAUCCCCGAAGGGUCAUCCGGAGAAGAUCAGUUGACCGACGAACUUGAAUACGUUAGCGAUUUCUAUCCCGUGAAAGGUGGCCCUGGUGGUGUGGGCGUUGAGGGCAUGGAAGCGGGCUCCAAUGAUCUGCUGGACAGCUUCCAUUCCCAAUACCAAGUAUCUUCCAGCAUGACGGAAUUGGAUUUCCAGGAGGACCAUUUUGCAAAGAAAUCAGCUGUGGGUGGAACGGCCCAUCGAUGGGAUUCUACCCAGAACACCUAUGGCUUCACCAACGACACAAAGCUCGAGCGGAGUCCUUUGCGUGUGCGGGUGCGAGACGUGCAUUUCAUCUGGAAUCUCUUUGAUGGGUAUGACUGGCAGCGCACGCGUGACACAAUAUCCAAAGCCGUCAAGGACGUGGAAAUCAAGGCCACAGAACGCCGUUCCAGGGGCUCGCAAGUGUCACCUUUGGCCGAAGAUGAAGAGGAGUCUGUCAUUGGCGAUUUCCUCUUCAACUCCAUUUAUAUCGGUAUCCCAGCCAACAAGGAUCCACGGGAACUCCACCGCGAGAUCAAUCAUGACAUCGAUGAUUUCACUAGCGAGACCGGGAGCUAUGCGACAACCGCUACCCUGACUGGGGCUGGAAGUCGCCAGGGCCGGUCAGGCUCUAAGAGGGAGAAGAAAUUGCGCUUGCAUCGGAGCAAACACCACAAAAUGACGUUUGAGUUGAAGGGUGUCUCUGCCGAUCUGAUUAUCUUCCCACCGGGCUCAGAAGAGACCCAGAGCUCGUUAGAUGUGCGGGUCAAGGAUCUGGAAAUUUAUGAUCAUGUUCCGACAUCCACAUGGAAGAAGUUCGCGACCUACAUGCGUGAGGCUGGAGAGAAGGAGAGCGGAACGAGCAUGGUUCACCUUGAAAUUCUGACUGUAAAGCCUGUGCCUGAGCUCGCUGCAUCGGAGAUUGUUCUCAAGGUUACUGUCCUACCCCUUCGGCUGCAUGUUGAUCAAGAUGCUCUCGACUUUAUGAGUCGGUUCUUCGAGUUUAGAGAUGAGACCGCCGAACCAUCUGAUACUCCGGGCGAUAUUCCAUUCUUGCAGCGAGUAGAGAUAAACGCCGUGCAAGUCAAAUUAGACUUCAAGCCUAAGCGGGUGGACUACGCAGGACUCCGGUCCGGGCGUACAACUGAGUUCAUGAACUUCUUCGUGCUGGAUGGCGCGGACAUGGUACUACGACAUGUCAUCAUCUACGGAGUGUCCGGAUUCGACCGAAUGGGCCAAACUCUCAACGACAUCUGGAUGCCAGAUGUCAAGCAGAACCAACUACCCGGCGUGCUCGCGGGUCUCGCGCCGAUCCGCUCCCUAGUCAACGUCGGCGGCGGCGUGCGCGACCUAGUUGUCAUCCCAAUGCGCGAAUAUAGAAAGGACGGGCGAAUCGUGCGCAGCAUCCAAAAGGGCGCGCUAGCCUUUGCCAAAACAACCUCCAACGAGCUGGUCAAACUUGGCGCAAAACUAGCGAUUGGCACACAAACCGUUCUCCAAGGCGCCGAGGACCUGCUGACUCCCAACGCACCAACCUUCGACGACGACUCCGCGGACGAAGACGAAGCCAAGAAGAUCUCACUAUACGCUGACCAGCCGGUUGGAGUGGUACAGGGACUGCGUGGGGCGUUCAGUGGCCUCGAGCGCGAUCUACUUUUAGCACGCGACGCGAUCGUCGCUGUACCAGGGGAGGUGGUCGAGAGUGGGAGUGCCAAGGCGGCCGCAAAGGCAGUCUGGAAGCGUGCGCCCACGGUCAUCCUCCGACCCGCUAUCGGGGUUUCCAAGGCUGUGGGACAGACUCUGCUUGGUGCGGGGAAUACCCUUGACCCGAGCAAUCGGCGCAAGAUGGAAGAUAAGUAUAAACGGUACUGA